AUGGCCAGCCAAGCGACCCUGGCUCCGCUGCAGCUCGGCUCGCUACCUUACGAUAUCCAACUCCACCUCAUUGGGUGCAUGUCCGACAUCCCGUCGCUGGUGGCUCUGUGUUCAUCCUGCAGGCACUUUUUCUCCGACCCGCUCUACCGGGCAUACUUUGAUCGCCGCCUCAUCUUCCUGAUCCGCCACGGCCGCUGGAACACCAAGGGGCUGCUGCCGUUCGUCUAUGCCUCGCGCAUCGGCCAUAUGCCCAUCCUGCGGCUCCUGCUGUGGUCCGACUCGGCCCAGUACCGGGAGGCCUUUGCUGGCCCCUUCGACUCCAACUUUGGCUCAGCCCUGGCCUGGGCCGCCCGCAUGAACCGCUUCAAGACCGUCGAGUUUCUGAUCCGCAACUGGAUCCACAACCCGCCCACGUCGCUCGAUCCCUACAUCACCGAGACGGCCUCCCUCGGCCACCUCGAGACCCUGCAGGUCCUCCUGGCCUUUGACCAGGCAGUGACUCCAAAAGCCGUCGACAGCCCGCCGCCGGCACCGCUCCUGGGUCUCUUCUGCUUCCACAUCGAAAGCAAGGGCGAGGACUUUGAGUAUCGCGAUGCCUUUUUCGAGUCCUACAAGAUGGGCCACCUGCACAUUAUCCGCUAUCUUCUCUCGCACUGCCGCCAGAGCGGCCUGUCACUGAAUCUGCCAAAGUACAGUCUCCUCUUCCUGGCCUGCGAGCAAGGCCGCGCCGACAUUGUCCAGUUCCUCAUCAAGGAUGGCAUCGACCUCAACUUUGGCCUGGGCCGGGCCCUGCGUCUGGCCCACAUCCACCACCGCGACGAAGUCUAUACCCUGCUCGUCCAAAACGGCGCCUCCAGCUGGAUCCAGAUCAUCGGCAUGUCCCUUCAGACCGUGCGGUCCCUCCUGCAGUACCUCACUGACUACCGCAUCUGGGAACUCUACCGGGUCUUUUUCCUAUACAUGUUCCUGUACUGCGCCUCUACAGCCAUUCAUCACUUUGUGCUGUUUUGGAGAGGCUCGCUCUCGGCGGUGGUCUACUUCAACUGGGUCGUGGUCGGCAUCGUGGGCUUCCUGCUGGUCUCGACGAUCUGCUCGUGA